CUACAACAAGCAUAUAUAAACCUUCAUCCUCUCAUCUCGCUUUACUCUUACAUCAAGUCAAAAGGCAUCAUCUCUUUCACGUGUCUCUGUUCUUCACAAGAGAAUCCAUGAGUAUCCAUCUCCUUCUUUAGCAACCCAAUCGAUGGAGAGAUCCAAUCUAUUACCAUCUGACGCAGGAGACAAAAGUGUUCACGAUGAUGCGAUCAAUACUGAUGAUCGAAUCAGCAAACUCUCAAACGAUCUAUUGCUUAAGAUCAUAUCUCGACUGUCCAUUAAAGAAGCCAUUACGACAGGUUCUCUAUCAAGCCGAUGGGAACAUGUGUGGAAGAAGAUGUCUCAUCUCUUCUUGGACAUGCGAGGGUUCUCCAAAAUAGGAAGUCUUCUUACCAAUGUUACAGACCAUCAUGCCGCUAGAUCGAUGACCAAGGUUAUAAACGAUCACCGUGGCCAUUUGGAAAGAUGCACAAUCUAUUAUUACCCAUUCCAAUGUACAAACGCGAUGGUCGAGGCUUGGAUUCGAUCAUUGAUUCAUGUGAAACACGUUAAGCAUCUCACACUUGUAAACUUUAUCUUCUCAUUAAGACCGCCCAAGAAACCCAUCACUCUCGACUUGCCCUCAGAAACAUUUUCCCAUCCAAACCUCCAAACACUCAUCUUAGGCCGGUUUAACUUCGAAACUCCUCAUGCUUUCAACAACUGCGGGAAUCUAAAGACUCUAACACUCGCAGGCAUAUUCGCCCAGAUUGGAGUCUUGAACGUAGUCCUAGUGUCUUGCCCUUCUCUCGAGGUGCUUGUGGCAAAUGUCCAUAGCCACAAAGGAAGUGGUCUUCUGAAAAUUGACAACCGCAACUUAAGGUUCUUGUAUUUAUCCUGUUAUCAAGUUGAUGGCAUUCAUGUGUCUUCACCAAAUCUGGACGUCCUCAUCAUCGAGUCUCUCUCGUGUGAGAUAGAGAACUUCAUCAUUGUGAAUCCUAGAUUCCAGUUUCACAGAAACUAUCGGGCUACAGGAAGGUUUUAUCCUCACACCAGCUAUAUUAUACCUUGCCCCCAUCAGGAGAAAAAAAGCAUUGGACAUGAAUUCAUGAUGAGUGGAUCUCGUCACUUUGUGAAAAAUUCUGAGGCGAUGUCGGUCAGUGUAGACUUGACAAAUACAAAAGAAGUCGAGAUGCUACAAGAAAUCUUAGUUUCAUGGCCUGGAAAAAUGGAAGAACUUGAGAUCUUAUCCAAGAAAAGCAAUGCUCCGAGGAAAGAAGUUGAGAGUUCUAGUAGAAGAACACAGAAGACGUUUUGGGAAGAGAUAAAACCGUUUCCUGACGCUUACUUCAGUGUAUCUAUUCUAUGGCUGUCUAACUUUAGCGGUUCAAAAGAAGAGUUUGCGUUAGCCUCGCGUUUGAUAACGCAAGGGACGGUGAUCAAGACCAUGAUAAUCAAACCACAUUCUUCGUUUUCUACAAGCAACAAGUUGGAGAUAGAGGAGGCUGUGGCCAAGCUAAAUGAUCUUCCAAAAGGUCACACAGAGCUUGAUAUCGUAAUGGUGUGAUAAAUUUGGUUUGAAUCCGACUAAUUCGUGAUAGAAAGAGAAAAAACCCUUUACAAUCGUAGUAUUGCAUUUGUUUUGAUGUUUCAGACAUUUGGAAAUUUGUAUGGUUUCAAGUAUUGCAUUUGUUUGAUGUUAUAGACAUUUGGAAAUUGUAUGGUUUUCAAGUAUUGCAUUUGUUUUGAUGUUUCAGACAUUUAGGAUCUACUUAAUUUGUAUUAGUUUUAAUAUUAUCUGAAUGUCUUGUUGAGUUAAUA